CAUGCCCCACUUAGCCUUAAGGGUUCCUGACGUCACAACCACCGUGUAUAUAAGCUUGAACCCCAUGUCCUCUCAUCAUUCACAUCCGUGUCUUAGCAUCAUGAGUUUCCACAACGACAACGUAGCCAACGACAACCGCUUCAACGCGAAGAAGGCCAAGUCGCCGAUGCAUCAGCUGAAGCGCAUCAUCAAGCCCAUUUUCACACUACUGAAAAGGGCGCCGAGCAACACCUACAAGAAGUCGCCGCAGCCCGAGUACUUCGUCGACGAGUACGAGAGCGAGAUCGACGACAACAUCGCCAACGAGCUCCUGGAGAACGAGAUAUUCGAGGAGAUCGACUGCUGCGAGGAGUUCGCCGCCGUCUCUGUCUACAACAACGGACACAUGGACAUCGUUCCGGUUUUCCGCGGGCAGCGCUACAUUCCGGUUCACUUUGCAAGGACGGAAGCUGGCACGUUCUUCUGGACCUCGAUGGUGGCGCCAGACUGCGACAUUAACAGCCAAGGCGACAAGAACGCCAUCACGAAUUACCAGCAGCCGGAGCUCCAAGUUCCCGCAUACCGAUGGGCUCAAGCGUAGCCGACCAGUGAUUGAUUUUCCAGUGUGAUCCUGAUGCUCAAAUUUGACUGAUGUCAUUGUGAUAGUAGAUAGUACCUCUUGCAAUUUUAUAUUGUGAUGGCAGCUUUAAUUUUUAAGAUGUUUUAUACGAUGUCUUCCACUUAAUUUUAAGUUUUUUUAUGUUUUCAUUGAAUAAAAAUAUUUUUGACAUGA